AUGAUUAAUAUUAAAUAAAUAAUAUAAGCAAUUAAAGGAUGUAUACAAAUUUUAAUAUUAAAAGAAAAUAUCUAAGACAUAAAAAAGUUUAACCCUUCAGCCGAGUAAGAGUGCAGUAAUUAGAAAAUGAGAUUAAUACAUUUGGCUGCCUCUAAUCCUAGUAUUGAAAUUUUAGAAUAUUUUAUUGAGAAAUCUUAAAAUUUAGAAAUCACAGAUUCUGUAUAAAAUUAAAUUUAUUACUAAGAUAGGAAGAACUCCUUUGCAUUAUGCUGUAAAUAGUGGAUAAUUAAAAAAUGUUGAAUUAUUGAUAAAAAAAGGAGCAAAGAUAGAAGCGUAAACAAUAGGAGGUGAUACCCCCUUGAUAAAAUCUGCAUUAUUAAAAAAUCAUGAAUGCUAUCGCUAUUUAAUUGGUGAAGGCGCAAAUAAAUUACAUCAAAACUGCAUUGGUCAAAGUGCUGAAUAAAUAUAUUAAUAUAAUUGA